UAUCACUUUUCUGCAUUUAUUGAGAGUUCUUAGAGACGAUUUUCUCUGGUCACCAUGCGAGAAGUAAAACGCGCUGGAAAGGAUAUUGAAAUAUUCUGCAUCGAAGAGCAUUUGAAUACAAAGAAUACUGAAACGGUGGAUUCAGAAUGCGGUCAAGAUUCAGACUGCGAUACCAAGCAGCCUAACAUGGCUUGUGGAGUGUUCUCGUUCCAUUGGUUGUUUAUCACUUCUUUGAUACAACUCUCUAUUUACCUCAACAAGGUAUACCAGGACAGCGUAGCAGUUAAGGAAUAUUACGAGGAGAAGGAUGUAAGUGCCUGUACAGUGUCUUCUUUUUGUCUAUUCCUUCCGUCCGUUAUGUACCUCUUGUUCAUGGUAGGAGCAUAUGUCAAAGAUACAGAAGACGCCAGUAAUCGAACUAUAGCUACAAAGGUCGUGCAUGGGUUGCUGCUGGUUCCAUGGCAAAUUAAAGAGCGGGUGGAAUUAUUGCAGUUCUCUUCGGAACAUAUUUGUCAAAAACGGCAUUUGACAUCGGAUGAAAUGAAAAAAAAAUCAUACCUGGAAAGACAGACGGCUUUGUUGGCGUUUUUUCACCAGUUCUAUGCGGGGCUGAUUCAAAUAACCUUGCAGUUACACAUGAUUAUUUCAACACUUGAUAAUAAAAAGGGCUAUAAGGCUCUGACUGAAGAAAUCAUAGCAUCUGUUCUGAUUCUUUUGUCGAUGAUGGCUGCUAUCCGACGUCAUGAUGACUCCAAACUGACAGCAGUAUUGGCAUUAAUUGGAUGGACAUCUAUCAUGAUAUCGCGCACUGUAGCAUUGGCUCUGGUCACCACGGUUAUUCAUGGAUGGAUCGUCCUCGUUUGCAUCGUUCACGGCAUACUUAUAUCCUUGUGGUUAUCAAUUAUCGCUGCAGAGACUUAUAAAUUCGAAAGAACAUCUCUUGAGGUCCUCACUCCUAAAAGGAAAUUCGCUCUUUUCUUUCUCAUAUUCUCCGUAUUCGGAAUGCCAUCCCUUGUCUUUUGGCCUAUUAUGUUUGAACUGAGAAAACAUAGUCGUGUAUUAAUAUAUCUAUCUGUUUUGUUAUUAGAAAACGUUUUCUUCGUGUGCUUAUGGAUUUUCUUCAAAGAAAAUACCGCUUGGGCAGAACAUGAGUAUGUUGUAAUAUCGGUGAUGGGAGGAUGUCAUAUCAUAGGAUCUGUUUUCCUGUUAUUCUAUACGUACUGUAAGCCAGAAUAUACAGAUUAUGUUGUGUACCAUGACAUGAAAGAACAAAACAUAGGUUUAUAUGGAAUAUAUUUCGAAUUUUGUGAUGUAGCGUUCAAAUUACCACGGAAACCGGAAGUGUCCAAGAAUUUAAAAACGAUUCGAGAACGUAAAAUGGCAUCAUGGUAAUGUACGGAUUUCAAACUCGUAUAUUUCAAAUAUUUGUGCAUUUCAGAAAUGUGUCAUUUUAUCAAAUAAAAUGACAGUACAGAUUUUUUUUUUUUUUUUUUUUUUUGUUGUUCUUCACAUGAGAAAUGAAAAGCUUGUUAAGACUACCAUUAAAUAUCAUAAUCUUGAUAUUAAUUAAAAAGAGAAAUACAUACUGAAGAUUGCAGGAUUGUAUUUUCAUUUCAUUAAAUAUUUUUUGCCUUUUAGUAAACCGAAAAAUAGACUGGAUAUGUUUCUUCAUCUAAUACACAAAUUACACAUGAGAAAUUUUUGUCUUUUAAAUACUCUUGUUCACAGGAGUAAGAAGGUAAAGAAAGAAGUUGAUACCAUUACUGCAAUAUUUGUAGACUGAAAAUACAAUCUGUGCAUAUUCUGGGUAAAUAAAUUGCCACUGUUUCGAUAUAAUACCCAAACAGAAUGUCAAAACACAUCUGCUGUUUUCGGUAGCUGUAAUAUUAUUUGAUCUGCCAUCAAGACGUGGGCAAAAUUUGUAUUAUUCAAAUAUGCUGAAAGUUUAUUUGCAGGAAUUCUAAUAUCAAUCUAUUUUCCAACAGUCACGGAAAAUGUGCUUUUUGAAGAAAAGCUUCCACACUUAUUUUAGUUUUCCGUGAUAAAAACAUUCGGAAAAUUCAACAAGGUAGCAUACUUUUUUAGAAAAGAGAGAUUUCAUAUGCUGUAUGCACGAUGUUUCAAAAGCAAAAGAAAAAAGGAGGAGGAAAGACAAUUUGCAAUCUUCAAAACUUCAGAUUACAAUUUGACACCUUAUAAAAGAGUUCGGCAAAGAACAUUUCAGAUACACUCAGAUUCUUUUACAAAUCGUCAGAGAAAAAGUUACAGGGCUACCUGCAUACCUGACAGCACGGGUCUUUGUCAUCUUAGGCAUUUUAUCUAUCUAGGGCGUUGAGAAACAGUCCACAUACUGUCAUUUAAGGUAAAUGAACACGAAAUCUUUUUCUUUUCUACCUGUGUCAGUUCAAAGCCAUGAAAAAACAUUAAUUAUUUUGUUUUGCACGCUUUAAGUUAUACUGUGAUAUAAAGAAGUUUGCAUGUUUAAAAAAUGAAGAAAUUUAAUUAAUUAGUUAUGAAGCAGCAUUAUUUUUGUAGUAGGAGGUCAGAGACAACUUGAUAUGCGUAGAAUGUUUUUCAGCAGUCAGUACAAUGUCUCAACAAUACGCCUUAACCGCAUCGAUAGCCUGGAAGGAUGUCUAUCGUUUAGAAGUGGGCUAAAUCCAACCUAUUUUAGUGGAAGCCUUUAAGUGCCAUUAUCAAGUUAUGGAGUAAGUUACUGGAAACUAGAAAUGUUAGACGAAGACCACAAGAAGAUCGUAGGCGUAUAAUAACAAAGAGUGAGGACUAGUAUUUAAGACAGUAGACUUUCUGAGGAUUGCUGGCUCCAAUUUUCCAAUUUAAAUUGUUCGGAAUAGUAUUAUUUUGUAUGCUUGCAGAUCUACUUUUUGUAUUUCUUCAAAAGUGGGCCACCGUGGUGCCCGCAGAAACUAGGCAGAAGAAUAUCACGGAUGGAAACAAAAUAUAUAGAGCAAUGGUUUAUUCUCAAAUGAGUCCCGCUUUAAUGUGCAAUCUGACAAUUGGCAACUUAUCAUUUGGGUAGAAUGUCGCACCUGCAUUCUUGAACGAAACGAACCGAUUUGAUUGAGGCGAAAUGAUAAUGUGAACCGGUAAUUUUUUUAAUGGUCUAACCGGUUUAUAAACAUUAAAUAUGAAAAACUGAGGACUUAGCGAUAAAUGGAUGAAAUUCCGUUCCUUUUAUCGACCGUUACAUUCAACGGUCAGGGCAGAUUCAUUCUUAUGGACAGGGUUAAAUUGAUCUGAACACAGGCAAUCUGCAAAAGGGUGCCGGCACUUUCAUGAAAAUUGGCCGUUCUUUGUUUAGACACUGGUGUGUCCUGAUACAAAGACACUAAGGUACAGGACAUAUGAUAUAUAUGCUCUUGUGAUAUAUAUGCUUCUCAUCUCAGCUUACAUCACGAAGAAUGCAACCUCCGUUAAGAUGCCGAGACGCUCAUGUGAAAAUUCCUAUUUUGGCGAAUGGUCACCAACUUGCAUAGAGAUGCCGACAUCGUUAUGAAAUCGUUGGGGUAUGCAAAUUCCCCGCUUUUAUGCUAUGAAAUAAAGAAUUAAAUUCAAAAGGUGAAUUUCCGAUGAGCUAACAGACGACAGAGUUAAGAUAAUAGGUUUACUGCGUUUACCAUUAGUUUAUGCCUCGUUUCUGUUUUAUUAUUUUUGGCGGGGGGUAGCCAUUAAAUAUUUUUCUUUAAAUGAGUAUAUUACUUUUUACUGCAAGAAACCUACAAUUAUUAAUGUUACAAGACGAUGUGGUGCUGUCACCAGCGCCUCGGUAAGUUUUCGGAAUUCUUGAUAGCUCCAUCCACUUCUGCUUAUACAUGAUUACAGCAGGCCACAUGCUGCUCGACUAGUGGACGACUUCCUUUCCGACGAAGAAAUUCUUCGAAUGGAUUGGCCAGCAUGUUCCUCAGAUAUAAACUCAAUCAAACGUAUGUGGGAUAUUCUUGUCAGAAGGGUUAUGUUCAUCACCCUCAAAAACAGUUCAGCAACUGAAAACUACUUUUCUAUAGAAGCGGAAAAGAAUAUUUUAAUAAGUACCUUUUAUUAAAACUCAUUUUGAUCCAAGAAAUCAUAUAUUUUGUCGUUUUUAUUACAUGUAUAAAUUGUUUAUCUUUUGUUUACUGACAAAAAAAAAAAAAAAAAAAAAAGAGAGAGAGAGAGAAUAAAACUUAAUCAUUCAUUGUUC